CGCCCGUCCUCACUGACGCUCCGGAGAGGAUAAGAAACUCCAGCAGCCGCUCCUCUGCGCUCUAUCCGCGUAGAGGUGUCACUGAAGGAUUAAUGAGCCAACAAGACACCCCACCUCUACUUUAAGGCUCAUUUCGGUCUUUUUUCUCCCCCCCCACACACACUUUUUUUCGGCGUAACGCCUGGACCGCUUUCCAUCUUCAUUUUUUUUUUUAUUUUACAUUCGAGGAUACCUGUACAUCUACUGAUGGAACAGGGUGACUCCAAUGUUCUCCUGCAGCCUCCCAACACCACCUAGCAUUUCCUGGAAGAACGUGUCCAUUGCCUGCUCCCAACAAACAUGGACUGUUUUCCCAUGCUCUAUUUUCUGUCGAGACAUCAUGAUUCCUGGUAAUCGAAUGCUGAUGGUCAUUUUAAUAUGCCAAGUCCUGCUGGGAGAGAGCAACCAUGCUAGUCUGAUACCUGAAGAAGGGAAGAAGAAAGUACCUGGCCUGCAGGGUCGUUCGACCGCUCAGAGCCAUGAACUUUUGCGGGACUUUGAGGCCACGCUGCUGCACAUGUUUGGCCUCAAAAGAAGACCGCGGCCCAGCCGCUCGGCCACCGUGCCCCGCUAUCUGCUGGACCUCUACCGGCUGCAGUCGGGGGAGGCCGAGGAGGUCGGAGCGCAUGACAUCGCCUUCGAGUACCCGGAGAGGUCGGCCAGCCGGGCCAACACUGUGAGGGGCUUCCACCAUGAAGAGCACAUGGAGAGGAUGCACGAACUGGAAGAUGGAGAAUCCAUCCCUCUUCACUUCCUGUUCAACCUUAGCAGCAUUCCAGAGGAUGAGCUGCUGUCGUCGGCCGAACUGAGGCUCUACCGUCACCAGAUCGACGAGGCCGUCGCCGACACCCUCUCAGGUGACCAGGGGCUUCAUCGGAUAAACGUAUACGAGGUGCUAAAAGCCCCGCGGCCCGGGCAGCUCAUCACGCAGCUCCUGGACACGCGGCUCGUGCGGCACAACGCCUCGCGCUGGGAGAGCUUCGACGUCAGCCCCGCUGUGCUGCGCUGGACUCGCGAGCGCCUCCCUAACUAUGGACUGGCCGUGGAGGUCCUGCACCUCGACCAGACGCCGCAGCGCCAGCACAAGCACGUCCGCGUCAGCCGCUCGCUGCACCAAGAGCCCGGCGAGGACUGGGAGCAGGUGCGCCCUCUGCUGGUGACCUUCGGCCACGACGGGAAGGGUCACCCGCUGACCCGCCGGACCAAGCGCAGCCCCAAACAACGGGGCCGUAAGCGCAACCGCAACUGCCGGCGCCACGCGCUGUACGUGGACUUCAGCGACGUGGGCUGGAAUGACUGGAUAGUGGCGCCCCCGGGCUACCAGGCCUAUUACUGCCACGGGGAAUGCCCCUUUCCUCUGGCGGAUCACCUGAACUCAACCAACCACGCCAUUGUGCAGACACUGGUGAACUCUGUGAACAACAACAUUCCCAAGGCCUGCUGCGUACCAACAGAGCUCAGCGCCAUCUCCAUGCUCUACCUGGACGAACACGACAAGGUGGUCCUAAAAAACUACCAAGAAAUGGUAGUGGAGGGCUGCGGCUGCCGCUAACACACAGACUUCCUCAAACUCAGACAUGGACGGGCCACUUGAGAAGAAGCACCACGGACGCUGAAAAAAAAAAAUCAGUCUUUACUCCCAAAAAUGUUCACUUGGACCCUUAUUUAUAACUUUUAUGAGGUGUAUGUUUGUCUCACUUUUUUUUUUGUUUCUUUGACAAUAUGAUCAUAUAUUUUGACAAAAUAUAUAUAUUUAUAUCUACAUAUUAAAAAAUAAAUUGAGUCCUUAUUUUAAAAAAAAAAAGCUGUACAACUUUUCAUAAUGUACAUUAGAUUGUAUAAGUUUUUUAUUGAGAAAAUAGUAAAAACCCUUUUAAAAGUAAAGUUUAUUUACUGGUAAUAUUUAUUGCUUUCAUAUUAUAUACAGGAAAAAAAAAGAUAAAUAAAAAUGUUGAACUGCUUCCGAAAACACAUUUAGUCAAGUCCCACAAUGCAGCUGUUGUGUUUUUGCAAGAAAUCGGAGCACCGCGUUGAUUUAUUUCCACGCUGUUUCUUCAAGAAUCAGUUUUUAAAAAUGUGGAUUGGGUUUAAUUUGAAAAAAAAAAUCGAUCUGGUUACAUUAGUAAAACCCUUAAAAGAAACUCAAUUUUACCUCAUUGUAAGAUAUCUGUAAUAACUAACGACAACAAGGAACUAUAAAAAUAAA